AUGUUUCAAUACAAAGAUGAUGGUCAUAUUGAGUUAGUAUUGAAACUAUUUGCUCGACUAUGUGAUGGGCAAAACACGGGUAUUCAGAACUAUUUACGAGAACAGCCGGACAACAUCAAGUCAUUCAACAUUGUUGCAGAGACGGCACAAUUUUUGAACAUCGUUUACUCCAACAUUAAUGACAAGACAAUUGACCUCGUCAUACAACUGUUCAGCACCUUGAAUGAAUUCUGUUCCGGGAACCAAGAGAAUCGCGUGGUGAUGCAUGAUAGAAAAAUUAUUGAUUAUAUCAAUUUUAUCCUUCGAGCUGGGGAAAUGCAAGACUGUCCAUCAAAAAAGGUUCUCGAAUUACGCCUGGGUAUUGCCCGUUUGAUAAUUUCCCUGAUUGAAGAAAAUGGACAUGGUGCAUCCGAAAUUGCGAAGGAAGUAAAAGAUACGCUGGACAAAAAAGCGAUCUGCGAAGGAAUGACGUGGUGCUAUGAAUUAGCGCAAUCAGAGAAGACCAAAAUGGAAGAUUUUAUCAAAGUUGGACAAACCAAUUACAUCCAAUCGGCAAAAUCCAUUGCGCAGUUUGGUGGAAAUCUGUUGCAAGAAGUGGUUAAAGGAAAGAAAACUUCCAAGCUGAAGGAAAUGGUCCUUGAAACAGGCUUCAUGCUUUUCCUCAUCAUUGCGCGGAUGAUUGACAUUGACCCAGGAUUGAUCGAUUCACUGAGCCUGACACCCGAACAGAUGAAAGCAUUCGGAUACUACAAAAAGAACGUCCAAUCAAUAGAAAUUGUCAAAGAUGACAUUUUACAAAAAAUCAAUUUUAGAGUUCGGAAUAAAAAAGUCCUUCGAGAGGAAGUCAAAGAAAAACUCAAGUGGAGUGUGGACAGAUCUUCUCCCAGUAACAAGAUCCGGGAUCUUAUGGACUGGACACGUGACAUUAUGAAGGAUAUCAUAUAUCAGAGGAAAAUUCUACACAAUCCUAUCGCCAUGUUCUUCACGCAUUGCUGGUUGCUUUGGAAUCACGGGACAACGAUUCUCAGUUUGGCAAUUAAUAUUGUUAUGUUGGUCACAUGGAAUUCGAAAGCAUCUAUGGAAGAUUACAAGAAAUUUAGUGGAGAUGCAGAAGCUCAGAAAAACAUCUUGAAUCAAAUGCACGAUUCUGAUCCUGUCAUCAGAGAAAUCAACAAGAAAGAUUAUGACAUUAUUCUGCUUGCAUUGGGAAGCAUUCACAAUAUAUUUUCAUUGUUUGUGUUCAUCACCUACCUGCUCUCCAACCAUCCAAGGUUACCUCAUUGGUCUGAGAUUGUGGACCCCAUCAGGCGGCUGUGCGGAAAGGAUGAAUCAGAAGAAGAGGAGAAAGUUCAGUCGAAGGAAAUCUCAAAAUUAGAUGUGAAGUUUUUCAGCUUCAGAACAUUUUAUUACAUGUUGUUCCUGGGUAUGUCGAUUGCUGGAACAUUUUCCAAUGGCUACUUUUUUGCAUUUCACCUUUUAAAUGUGGUCAAUAACAACCAACUUUUGGCUGGAGUCAUCAAAGCAGUCACACAGAACGGUUAUUCUUUGUUAUGGGUCGCCAUCCUUGGAAUUAUCGUCAUAUACAUUUACGCCCUUGUAGGCUUUGCCUUAUUUAGAAACUCCUUUAACCCUGAAUCCCAUCUGUACUGUGCAUCGCUGUGGCAAUGCACUGUCACUGUCAUACGAUACGGACUGAUUGGCGACAUGUUUGAGAUUUUGACACAGAGCGCAGAGGAGAACGCGUUUUCAUAUUUCUGGCCAAUCGCAUUGUAUCAUCUAUCAUUCUUCAUCUUCAUUACAACUAUUGGCCUUAACAUCAUUUUCGGUAUCAUUGUUGACACUUUUUCAGAACUGAGAGAUCUCAAGUGGCGUGCUGAAUCUGAUAUGAAAGAUACAUGCUUCAUCUGUUCGAGAAAUAGUUAUGAUUUUGAGCAUCAUGGAAAGGGUUUUGAUGCCCACGUAAAAUCUGAACACAAUAUGUGGGCAUACAUUUAUUUCAUCAUUCAUCUGGACACUGUGCAGAGUAGCGAAUACACAGCAUUAGAACUAUUUGUUUAUAAACUUAAAGAGAAAGAAAAUUAUGACUUCAUCCCCUUAAAUCGUGCCUUAUGUCUCUCUACAUCCGACCUUGAUUCAACAGAAUCUAAAAUCGAUGAACUUUUAUACCAUGUCACUGCUAUCUCUCACAAACAGAAAGAAGAUGAGUUUGAAAGGAAACGCCAAGUUGAGAAGAAACGUCAGCGAAAAUGGCAAGAGAAGCACAGGCGAUUCUUCAGUGUCUUAGUGAGCAACGAUAGUGACCGUGAAACCCUGUUUGAGUCGGCCACUAAGAAACUCUUAACUGGCAAUAUUAGCCAUCAGCCAUCCACUACAUCCAAAGAGGACGAUUUACCACCGCCACCACCUCCGCUGCCGCCGCCACCACCUCCACUAGAUACUCAGCCAUCUUCGAACCCAUUGCCACCAAUACAACAAUUUGAACAAGAGCCCCAAAAUGCACUGGAAGGAUUACAAGAACUACUUCAAAAGCCUGACGCCUCAACCUUACAAACUCUAUUGGCUCCUCCGAAGUGUAAAAAACUCACUCGUAGCGACCAUGAUGUCUACGAUUCUGAUAACGUAAUCGAUUCAACAUCAGAUUCGGAAUCUGAAAGCGUUGUGGAAGGUCCAUAUACUAUUCUCCGUGAAGAAGAUACCAGUUCGGUGAAAGACACUGACACUACAAAAAUUGAACUUCCUUUAGAACUUGUCGGCUUAGCAGAAACCCCGGAAGACGAAGUUCAGGUUUCCCCUCAGGGUGACGAUAAUUCACUAACUGGCGCAACAAGUGUAUAA